UGAUCAUUGAAGAGGUUUAAUCAUGUGGGCAGAGGAUGACUUAUAUCCAGGUGUACCAAGUCUCCAAAGUAAUGCAGAGCCUAUAAAUGGUAAUGUAUACCUAAUGUAUCACGGGACCUCUCAAACUGUGGCGCAACAGAUCAAGUCCCGUGGCUUUUUUCCAUCUGAAGGUGGCAUGCUUGGACGUGGUGUCUACCUCAGCCGAGAUCUCAACAAGGCCAGCAGAUAUCCUCUUAAUCGUCCACAUGAUAGAGUUGUUAUUAGAGUGAAGGUCAAUGUAGGGAAAGUGAUAAAGAUCAACUAUCAAGGUCAUCCAUUGCAGAAAACCUGGCAUGAUUAUGGUUAUGACACUGCCUGGUGCCCUCCAAACUGUGGCAUGGUGUCAAGUGGUCUUGAAGAAGACUGUGUUUGGGAUCCGAAACGAAUUACUCUUAUUGAUGAAAUUCCACCCUGUCUUCAAAGCACAGAAGAUCCAGUUGAGUAUAAAAUCUACACAAUGUUCUAUGGCACAACAAAGGAGGAUGCAGAAAAAAUUAAAACCAUUGGUUUUCGUCAAUCUGGUGGCAUAUUUGGACAAGGUGUCUAUCUCAGCCGAGAUCUAGACAAAGCCAGCACAAAGAUCAAUCAUGAUGUUCCCAUUCAACAGAGAAGUGUUCUGAAAGUGAAGGUUAAUUUUGGGAAAGUAAUAAAGAUUGACAAUCAAGGUCACCCAAUGAAAGAAAACUGGCAUGAUCGUGGGUAUGACACUGCCUGGUGCCCCAUAAAACUUGGCAUUGCGCCAAGUGGACUUGACUGUGUUUGUGAUCCGAGACGAAUCGCAGUCAUUGAUGUAAUUCGUCCAAAAUUAUUUGUGUUUUGUCCAGGUACAGACAUGUGGGCUGAAGAUGACUUGUGUCCAGCUGUUCCAUCAUGCCUUGAUAGUUACAUAGCACCAAUUGAAGGAAAAGUAUACAGGAUGUAUCAUGGCACAUCCAGGGAGGCUGCUGUGCACAUCAAGGUUAAUGGCUUUAAACGGUCUUCUGUAGGGAUGCUUGGGUCUGGUGUCUACCUCAGUAGAGAUCUACAGAAGGCCUCCAAAUACCCCCUAGAUCUACCUGAGAACCAGAGAGUGGUUCUGAGAGUGAAGGUCAAUGUUGGGAAAGUGAUAAAGAUCAACUAUCAAGGUCAUCCAUUGCAGAAAACCUGGCAUGAUUAUGGUUAUGACACUGCCUGGUGCCCUCCAAACUGUGGCAUGGUGUCAAGUGGUCUUGAAGAAGACUGUGUUUGGGAUCCGAAACGAAUUACUCUUAUUGAUGAAAUUCCACCCUGUCUUCAAAGCACAGAAGAUCCAGUUGAGUAUAAAAUCUACACAAUGUUCUAUGGCACAACAAAGAAGGAUGCAGAAAAAAUUAAAGAAUUUGGUUUUCGUCAAUCUGGUGGCAUACUUAGACAAGGUGUCUAUCUCAGCCGACAUCUAGACAAAGCCAGCACAAAGAUCAAUCGUGAUGUUCCCAUUCAACAGAGAAGUGUUCUGAAAGUGAAGGUUAAUUUUGGGAAAGUAAUAAAGAUUGACAAUCAAGGUCACCCAAUGAAAGAAAACCGUCAGGAUCGUGGGUAUGACACUGCCUGGUGCCCCAUAAAAUUUGGCAUUGCGCUAAGUGGACUUGACCGUGUUUGGAAUCCGAGACGAAUCGCAGUCAUUGAUGUAAUUCGUCCAAAGUAAAGAGUCUGUGGUGUUUGUUUUGAGCAACAAAAAAUGAUAUUUUAUUCAGAAUUGUACAGUCAAUGCUGGCAAUGUCCUACAAUAUUUUCAUAGGCUGAAGCUGGACAGAAAUGUUGGUCUAACAUGUAUUUGCGUGUAGAUUCAAAGUAUUUCACAUUUCCUAGUAUUUGUAACUCAAAAAAUUUACAUUUCUGCUUCAGUUUCAAGUGAGAACCUCACUGUGUGCGCACGGUAGUCAAAUGCUCUCAACUCACAGUACAAAUGUUUGUAUUCAUGUCAUUGUAAUGUUUGUUAUUCUAAACAGAUGUGUAAACUUCCUGGCUGAACUAGCAGUUGUAAGUCAAAGCACCUUAAUUUGCUUUAUUGUAUUGAGUUAUCUCCAAAAUCUUCAUUGGCACAACAAUUAUUUCUUGGAUAUUUUACAGUGUGAACAAUAUAUUUUUUACCCCUCAGGUUUUUAUUUGGAACAUAAAACUUAAUCUUGGUUUACUGUGUACUGUAGUAUAAGAUAUUUGAUACUUGAUAUAAGCUUAUUAAGAUAUUUCAUAUAUCCAUGAAGUAAAUAUGAAUCUAUAUAGCUAUUUAAAAAU